AUGAGUUUGCAUGUACUUCGCAGUUGUAUGUCGUUAAGUGCUGUUGUCCGAGCAACAGAACAUAUUGUUAGAUCACCUGUUCAGGUACACGGAGUAGAAGGACGAUACGCAGCGGCACUAUAUUCAGCAGCAGUGAAAGACAAAACCCUUGAUACUAUCGAUAAGGAUCUCAAAUCAUUACAAGAUGUUUAUAAAACUAGUGUUAAAUUUAAGAACUUUGUAUUGGAUCCAGCAUUAACACCGUUAUCUAAAGUGAACACUGUGAAGGAUGUUGCUAAAAAUCUAAAUGUAAGCAAGGAAACGCUCAAUUUUUUAGUGCUGUUGGCGGAAAAUGGACGACUAAAUCUGCUUGAAGAGAUUAUGAAAUUGUUCGAUUCGAUCAUGCGAGCGCAUCGCGGUGAAUUGGUUGUCGAAGUAAUUACUGCUGAGCGGCUCAGCAAGAAACAUGAAGCGGCACUGAGGGAAGCGUUGAACAAAUUUGCAAAGCCUGGACAGAAUUUGCAAAUUCAAAUGACGGUAAAACCGAGCAUUCUUGGUGGUAUGAUGGUGAGUAUCGGUGACAAGUUCAUUGACAUGAGUAUGAGCUCACAGUUCAAGAAAUUUGAGGACAUUUUACGAAAUGCUGCUUAA